AUUGAGAAGAACCCCUUCAGGACAGCAGAGGGAGCCUGUGGAGGGACGGAGAACACAAAGCAUUUAGGGCUGGGGAAUUCCUACAUGGCUUAUAUGGAGUGCUGAGGAGGUGGGUUACGAUCCCUCCCCCUUCUCCUAUAAAUCAGAUCCAGGGCUGAAUGAAAGAAAGCACAUUAACUCCGUUUUACUCUCUUGGAGCUCUUUAAAAGUUCUUCAUAAGUGGACAGCAUGAAUUCAGCUUUACUGUUGACUUUGCUUCUACCAGUUGCAGUUGUUUCCCAUGUACUGGACCUGCCGUCUGAAGUUCUGUUCAAAGUGGGCGACAGGAGAGAGUUGACUUGCAGCGUAUCAUCUUGCCCAGAGAAGGUGAAGUUUGUUUGGACCUCAUUAGAAGACAGACCGAUAUUCGCUGCUAUUGAUUCACAGGACAGAGAAUCUGUGCUGGUCUUUGACAACGUGAUGAAGAAUCACGAAAACACCAUAGUGUGCAAAGCAACCUGUGAAAAGGAGACAAAACAGGCGACAACAAAGAUUAAAGUUUAUUCUUUUCCAAGAAACCCAGUUAUAUCCGGAUAUGAUAGCUUGAAACUGGGCGAGGAAAAUGUCUUGGGCUGUGAAGUGUCUUCUAUACACCCUUCAGAGUUCCUUAAAGUGCAGUGGCUCUAUGAAGACAAAGUUCUUCAGACUGAUGAGGGAGAACCUGAGAGAGAUGCAUUUUCAGUUCAUUACAUAUUCACGCCUUCAAGUGAGGAUGAUGGGAAGGCGAUAACAUGCAGAGCAUCACUCGAUGUGUAUGGUAUACCACCUGAUGAGAUGACCAAGGAGACGUCUGCACACAUGACAGUUCUCUCUGCACCGCAUAACGUUAAAGUAUCUGGAGUGACUGUUGUCCCACUGGGAUCCAGUUUAACUUUGACCUGUGAGGCCGAGGGCAAGCCAAAGCCUGCGUUUACAUGGACGGCUCUUAUACCAGGUGGCCAGUCUGUGGAAAUGGGAAAACAUCAUGAUCUCCUCGUACAUAACGUGUCCUUAUCAGAUGCUGGUACUUACCAGUGUGAUGUUAGAAAUGACUUUGGAAGCCAAAGGGCCAGCGUUUCAGUAGUCGUUCAAGCACCUCCUAUGGAUACUCUCAUUGUAGCAAGUCCACAAUCCAUUCUGAAGGAAGGAGACUCUGUGAGCUUUUCCUGCAAGUCCAGCGGAGUUCCAGUGACACACGUGGUGCUCAGCAGGAGGGUGAAUGGUGUAAAAACAGAGCUAAUGUCUAGUGAAGGGGCUGAAACAUCAGUUGCCCUCCUCUCCGUCAAGCUGGGUGACUCUGGCAUGUUUGUGUGUGAGGCUUUCAAUGAGUAUGGCAGGCAGGAGACCACUCUCAAUCUAACUGUUGAAGCUCAUUUGCUAGAAGUGGCGCUACAACCGGACGGUGAGGUCAUGUCGGAGAGAGGCUCCAGCCUGGUCCUCUCCUGUCAGGCUUCAGGUUGCCCUCAACCCGAGUUCUCCUGGAAGAAUCUUUCAAAUAUGCCGAUCCUCAGGCGGCUUAAGACAGAUGGCUUCCAGUCCCAGCUGUUUUUCGAUCUAGUAGAGUUGGAAGACGAGGGAACUUACCUUUGUGAGGUCACAUGUGGCUCAAUCAAGAAGUCCAAACUAACAGAAGUGAAGGUGUUUUCAUUUCCAAGUCCUGUCGUAAAAAACUCUGGACCUUCUCUGGUGGGAGAGAUAAUGAAAUUGACCUGCACUGUUCAGGAAGUUUUCCCGGCCAACCUUUUCCAAAUCCUGUGGAUGGAUGGAGAGAGAGAAAUGCAUUCGGAAACUGGAUCAUUUUCAAGUGGUACAACAAAUCUGACUUCAGUGUAUUCUUACUACGUAGACACUGAAGACCAAGACAAACACAUCACCUGCAAAGUUUUGCUGGAAAUGCAUGGUGUGCCAGCUGCUCAAUCAGUAAAGACAGCAUCUACUACAUUGUCCAUUCACUAUCCCCCGAGAGUGACCAGGAUUACUGUGAGCCCACUGACAGAGUUAAAGGAAGGAGAAUCCGUAAGCAUUUCUUGCCUUUCCGACAGCUUUCCAGUGGGGCGUACAGUGCUGAGCAGGGUGGAGGACGGCAUACAAACAGAGCUAAUGGCCAAUGAUGGGCUUGAAACAUUGUUUACCAUCCUUUCAGUCGAGUUGGAUGACUCUGGCAUCUAUAUUUGUGAAACUUCUAACAUGUAUGGAAGCCACAAUGAUAGUGUGGAGAUUACCAUUAAAGCACCACCCAGGAAUAUGACAGUGGAGAUCUUUCCAUCCACGGAUGUUCAGGAGGGGCAGAAUAUCACCAUCUGUUGUCGCUCCGUGAGCUUCCCUCCACCUGCGGUGGUCCUCAGUAAGCUGGAUAGUGAGAAAAAUGUCUACUCUCUUGAUGGUGUAUUCCUACUGAUCAACCUCACACCCAACGACACAGGCCUAUACCAGGUCAACGUCACCAACUAUCUGGGCUACGAGACAGAGAUUUUUAACAUCAAUGUGAUGGAGAAAAUAGUCAACCCUCCAUUAGGCUGGAAUGAUUUUUUUUUGGUGGAUUGA